AUGGCGGCGGUGACGACGAGCGGCGGCAGGCGCGUUGAUCACGCGUGGGCGCAGCAGGCGGCGGACGACAGCACGGACAGCUGCGACGGCGGGGCGGCGCGAGGGCCGCACCCCGGACCCUGGCGCAGGCGCGUUGUCGGCGGCGAUGAGGGAGCUUUCAGUGAGAGGGAGCGGCAGCCCCUGGACAAUGACAGCAAAGGGGGUGGCCCAGGAGCCAAGGGUGGUGGUGGUGGCGGCGGCGAGCCCCAGACGGCGGCGGCUAACAGGCAGCGCUGGCGCGGGUCCGGGCAGCGCAGGGGGAGCGGCGCUGCGGCUGGCGGGGGUGGCGCCGUCGGCGGCGGCGUCGUCAGCGUCGGCGCGGCGGCGCGCGGGCUGCCUAUCGACCGGGCGGCGCGCGGGCCGGCCGGCCGACUCGCCGGCGACGACGCGCUCGGCAACGACACGUUCGUCAACGACACCGAGGUGCCGGUCAAGGCGCCGCUCUUCCCGCGCGACCUCUUCUCGCUGGAGCAGCGGCGGCGCGGCGCCGUCGUGCUGCACCUGCUCGGCGUCAUCUACAUGUUCGUCGCGCUCGCCAUCGUCUGCGACGAGUUCUUCGUGCCGGCGCUCGACGUCAUCAUCGAGAAGCUGGACAUCCAGGACGACGUGGCGGGCGCCACCUUCAUGGCGGCGGGCGGCUCCGCGCCCGAGCUCUUCACCAGCGUCAUCGGCGUCUUCGUGUCCUUCGACGACGUCGGCAUCGGCACCAUCGUCGGCUCGGCCGUCUUCAACAUCCUGUUCGUGAUCGGCAUGUGCGCCAUCUUCAGCCGCACCGUGCUGACGCUGACGUGGUGGCCGCUGUUCCGCGACUGCACCUUCUACUCGGCCAGCCUCAUCACGCUCAUCCUCUUCUUCCGCGACAGCUACAUCCACUGGUACGAGGCGCUCAUCCUCUUCUGCUUCUACCUCUGCUACGUGUCCUUCAUGAAGUGGAACCAGCCCGUGGAGCGCUUCGUCAAGAAGCACCUGUACAAGAACCGGGUGACCCGCGUCCGCAGCACCGACCAGCUCAUGCCAUCGCACCAGAGCGCAGCACAGACGCUGCACGCGAGCAACGCGGCCACGUCGAGCCAGACGAGCGUGGGCGGCGGCUCGGGCGCGGGCGGGUCGGCGGGCAGCGCGGCGGGGGCGGCGGGGGCGGCGCCGGGCGUGGCGGGGGCGGUCACCGGGCCCGGGCUCGUCGUGGGCCGGCCCGUCGCCUCCUCCUCGUCCGGCCACCACCACCACCACCAUCACCACCACUCGGGCACCAAGUUCCGGCACGGGCUGCUGCAGCUCAUGAUCCACACAAUCGACCCGCUGCACGACGGCAAGGUGGACGAGAAGGCGACGCAGCUGCACGCUAUCGCGUCGCUCAAGGUGCUGCUGGACGCGCAGCGGAGCAGCAACGGCGCGGCCACGUCCACGGCGGCCAACCACGUGGCGGCGCAGCAACAGCAGCAGCUGCUCCAGCAGCAGCAGCAGCAGCAACAGCAGCAGCAGCAGCAGCAGCUGCUCGACAAGGACGCGGAGACGCGGCUGCAGGACCAGCCCAAUGGCGUCGCCGCGGGCAUCGACGACCAGGCCGUCGACACGAUGGUAGAUGAGGAUGAAGAAGAAGCUAAUGAAGCACUGGAUAUGUCAUGGCCAAACACAGCACGUAAACGGGUCACUUACCUACUUGUGGCACCCAUUGUCUUCCCUCUAUGGGUCACCUUGCCUGAUGCACGAACUCCAAGAGGCAAGAAGUUCUUCGUCGUCACUUUCCUUGGCAGCAUUGUUUGGAUUGCUGCCUUUUCAUAUCUCAUGGUAUGGUGGGCAAAUGUUGCUGGGGACACCAUAAGAAUACCGCCAGAGGUGAUGGGGCUCACAUUCCUUGCAGCUGGAACUUCCAUCCCAGAUCUAAUAACAAGUGUCAUUGUAGCACGGAAAGGUUUUGGUGAUAUGGCUGUAUCUUCAUCAGUUGGCAGCAACAUAUUUGAUGUAACUGUUGGGUUACCAGUGCCUUGGCUGCUGUUUGGAAUCAUAUAUGGAAGGCCAGUAGAGGUGAACAGUGUUGGGAUGGUGUGCUCAAUCACCAUUCUUUUCAUGAUGCUGGUGUUUGUCAUAAUCUCUAUUGCUUGCUUCCGGUGGAAAAUGAACAAAGGACUUGGUUUCACAAUGUUUCUGCUCUAUUUUGUCUUUGUGGCUGUCUCAUUAAUGUUUGAAUAUAAAUUCUUAUCUUGUCCUGUCUAGUGAUUUGAAAAUGAGCCGAAAGAGAAGAGCACAAUAUUUUUUUACAGUCCGGAGAGAUGCUUGUUGGGUUGUGAGCUUGGGCAGGCCCCAGUGCUCCUGUUUGUUGCAUAAUGAAAUCUAGAAUAAUGUUAUAUAGAAUUAAAUAUACAGACUGUAGAUAUUCAGUUAAAGAGAAGUUUUAUAACAGCUGAAAGACAGUUUGCUUUUCAAAUAAUUAAUAUGUCCAUGACCGAAGUUAUUGAGUGUAUAAGUGAAACUUACUGAGAAAACAUUUCUUACACAGACUGCAAAAAUGCCAAUAUUACUUGGCUUGCAGCUAUGAGAGUGGAAUAAAAGUUUGUUGUAGCUAUAUAUUUGUACCAUAGAUAAAUUUGUAUGAAACUUCACAUAAACUCUGGAUAAAAUGUUAACAGCAUAGCUGUUAGUCAUUUAGAGGCCAUAAAUGAAAAACACAUGGUUACCAUUCUCACACACUAGUCCAUUUUCAAACAGCUAAGUAAAUUAGAUGAUAGGUAAUUUUUCGUAUGCUGUUAAUAAUAUAAUAAGGCUCAUGUGUCAUAUUGUUGAAGCUCAGUAAUCACUGCAGAUGAAAUAUAACUGCUAUAUAUUUACAAUAAUUAAGGUGUCCAGGGACAAAUAUAUUUUGUGUAUGAAUCUCAUACACCACUAAUAUAUCAGGUGGAACUCUGUUUCAUAAGAACUAAAAAUAGGAUAAUCUCACAGUGCAUUUAUUAUGUUCCUUAAACUUGAAGGUGAGUGAAAGCUGUGUUUAUUUUUGUUUAAGAUCUAUAGUUUGUCAUGAAAGUUGUAGAGAUUUAAUGUACAUAGUGAUUGAUGGUCCUCAUUUGGGCUGCCUGAAUAGUUAUUGUUGAAAAUUUUUAUAUAAAUAAAAACUUGGUUUAUAGUACCAGAGAUGAAACAGAAUGUACUACAAAGUGUAUUAUAACAAAUAUUUUUCAUAGUUAUGGUGUGCAUAUCAGUUCAUUUGAUGUGUUAUCUCUAUACAGCACAGGUCAUUCAGAUGAUCUGUAACUUCUUUAAGCUGCAUUAAUAUUCAAAUUUCCAGUGUUAAGACACAUUAUUUCAUGCCUGCCAAGAGAUAUCUCAUCUACAUGGCA